AUGGCACCCUUUGACCUGGAUGCGUGCAUAGAACAGCUGCUGCGAAAACAGCCCCUGCACGAGGCACUGCUGAGAGAAAUAUGUGAGAAAACGAAGGAGGUCCUGAUGCGGGAAUCCAAUGUAGUACAUGUCAGUGCACCCGUAACUGUAGUGGGGGAUAUCCACGGUCAGUUCUAUGAUCUUGUAGAAAUAUUCCGUAUAGGUGGAUAUGCGCCCAACACGAACUACCUCUUCCUUGGUGAUUACGUCGACAGAGGGCUGUUCAGCGUCGAAACAAUCUCUCUAUUGACGUGCUUGAAGCUACGGUACCCCGAUCGAGUUCAAUUAAUAAGAGGAAACCAUGAAUCACGCGCUGUCACUCAAACGUACGGGUUCUACGCUGAAUGCCUCCGAAAGUAUGGUAAUUCACACGUCUGGACAUACUUCACCGACAUGUUCGACUUUCUGACUCUGUCGGUGGUCAUUGACGACCGAAUAUUCUGUGUACACGGCGGUCUAUCACCCUCUAUACAUUCAAUAGAUCAAAUCAAAGUCUAUGACCGCUUUCGAGAGAUACCCCAUGAGGGUCCUAUGGCUGACCUCGUCUGGUCAGAUCCCGAUCCUGAGAAAGAGGAUUUCGCAAUCUCUCCAAGGGCCGUUAGAGGGGCUGGAUACACGUUUGGAUCCGGCGUUGUCCAUAAGUUUCUCGAGAUCAACAACAUGUCGCAUAUCCUCCGUGCCCACCAGCUAUGUAUGGAGGGCUAUUCCUCUCUGUUCGAUAAGCAUCUGUCGACGGUAUGGUCCGCCCCCAAUUACUGCUACCGAUGUGGGAACUCGGCAAGUAUAUUGGAAGUCGGACCGGGAGGAUCCAUGUAUUUUAACGUGUUCGAAGCCGCACCCGAGAACGAAAGAGACGGACCGAGUCAGCAGGCAGCUCAGAAUGCAGGAGGUAAACCUCCGGAGUAUUUCUUGUAA